AGGAGGAGGAGGAGGAGGAGGAGGAGGAGGAGGAGGAGGAGGAAGUUUCCGCUUUGCACUCCACCCCGGUAGCAGCUUAGCGGCCGGGGACAGCUUCCUCCCGGGGCUCCGCGGGCUCGGCGGCUGCUGCACGCCUGUGCCAUCGGACCAUGGGCUUGCCCAAGGGGCCGGAGGGCCAGGAUCUCCCGGAGGUAGAAACAAGAGAGGAUGAAGAACAAAGUGUGAAGUUAACUGAAAUUUUGGAGCUUUUGGUGGCCGCGGGGUAUUUCAGAGCCAGAAUUAAAGGCUUGUCACCCUUUGACAAGGUAGUAGGAGGAAUGACUUGGUGCAUUACCACUUGCAACUUUGAUGUGGAUGUUGAUUUGCUCUUUCAGGAAAACUCUACAAUUGGCCAAAAAAUAGCCUUAUCAGAAAAAAUUGUCUCAGUCCUGCCAAGGAUGAAGUGCCCGCACCAGCUGGAGCCCCACCAGAUCCAGGGCAUGGACUUCAUACACAUAUUUCCUGUUAUCCAGUGGCUGGUGAAGAGAGCUAUAGAAACAAAAGAAGAGAUGGGUGACUACAUCCGCUCAUAUUCUAUAUCCCAGUUCCAGAAAACCUACAGUCUUCCUGAGGAUGAUGACUUCCUAAAGAGGAAAGAAAAAGCCAUCAAGACAGUUGUUGACCUCUGGGACGUUUACAAACCCCGUCGGAAGUACAAGCGCCAGCAGGGAGCAGAGGAGUUGCUGGAUGAAGGAUCUCGGAUCCAUGCUACGCUGUUAGAAUAUGGCAGGAGGUAUGGAUUCAGCCGCCAGAGCAAACCCGAGAAGGCUGAAGACAAGAAAGCAGCAGCCCUUCCCACGCUUCCAGAGAAAGCCGAUGCCCAGGACGAAGAUGAGCUUCGGGCUGCAGAAGAGCAGCAGAUUCAGUCACUGAUGACCAAGAUGACCGCCAUGGCGAGCGAGGAGAGCCGACUCACCGCCAGCUCCGUGGGCCAGAUCGUGGGACUCUGCUCCGCCGAGAUCAAGCAGAUCGUGUCUGAGUACGCGGAGAAGCAGUCUGAACUGUCAGCUGAAGAAAGUCCAGAAAAAUUAGGAGCUUCCCAACUGCAUCGUCGGAAAGUCAUUUCCUUGAACAAGCAGAUUCUGCAGAAGACCAAACAUCUGGAAGAGCUGCGGACAAAUCACACUGACCUGCAGGCCAGAUACAACGAAUCGAAGAAAACCCUGACAGAGUUGAAGAGUUACAGUGAGAAGCUGGACAAAGAACAAGCCGCCCUCGAGAAGAUAGAAUCCAAAGCUGACCCAAGUAUCCUGCAGAGUUUGAGAGCACUUGUAGCCAUGAAUGAAAAUCUGAAAAGUCAGGAGCAGGAGUUUAAAGCGCAUUGCCGAGAGGAAAUGACACGGCUGCAACAGGAAAUUGAAAAACUGAAAGCUGAGCGAGGACCGGGAGGAGAUGAAAAGGCACCCUCCAGUGGAGAGCCGCAGGGCCGCCAAAGGCCCUUGACUCAUAAUGAAGAUCUAGACAGACGGUACAACAUGGAGAAAGAGAAGCUUUAUAAGAUCCGAUUACUACAGGCACGGAGAAACCGAGAAAUCGCCAUUUUGCAUCGCAAGAUCGAUGAAGUGCCCAGCCGAGCCGAGCUAAUACAGUAUCAGAAGAGAUUUAUUGAACUCUACCGCCAGAUUUCAGCGGUGCACAAAGAAACCAAGCAGUUCUUCACUUUAUAUAAUACCCUGGACGAUAAGAAAGUGUAUUUGGAAAAAGAGAUUAGCCUGCUGAACUCGAUUCAUGAGAACUUCUCUCAGGCCAUGGCGUCCCCUGCUGCCCGGGACCAGUUUUUACGUCAGAUGGAACAGAUCGUAGAAGGGAUCAAGCAGAGCAGAAUGAAGAUGGAAAAGAAGAAGCAAGAGAACAAAAUGAGAAGAGACCAGCUGAAUGACCAGUACCUGGAAUUGUUAGAAAAGCAGAGACUGUACUUUAAGACUGUGAAAGAGUUCAAGGAGGAGGGCCGCAAGAACGAGGUGCUGCUCGCCAAGGUGAAAGCCAUGGCCUCCUGAACAUUCCCAGCCGUCAUCACACACAUCCUUGAGUUUUCUUCCAGAUGCACAUACCAACUCCCAGACCACAGAGUGGUCCAGCGUUGCUUCCGUAGCGAGAUGCAGGUGGAAGGAGCUCACAGCUCUGGAUGUUUUCUCUCUCCCAUUUGCUCCCGCUGCAUCUCCAUGCCGGUGGGUGGAGUCCAACGGUGUAAAUGCAGGGGGAGGGGGCUCAGAUAAUGCCCAUCCCCCUAUGGGGAAAAGCCAGCAGGGGGGCAGGGGGGGGCCGGUGUUGGUUGUCUGUGUCCAUUCAACUUUCACUUCUCCGGAAACAUUUGCAUAUAUGAAGGUACCUGUAUUUGUAUGGACUCUUUGAAUAAAGAGAAAUUCAUUUGUUCAGCAACUAUUAAUUGAGCAGCCACCGAGAAAUAAUUACUAAGGGAGAUAAUUACUUAGCCCCUGCCUCCCCUCACCUCCCCAAGUGCCCGCUCAGCAAAUGUUCUGGUGGGGGCAGAGAUAGCCCACUUGACCCCAGAACUUGGCCACUGGGGACUUUUCUUGCCGAAUGACCGGGCGCAUGAGUGCUGGGUGUGUGUGUCGGGGGGGUCUUUCAUUUGCCCACAGUGCCUUCCAUUCUGGCUCCCUGAGGUUCCGACCUGCAGCCUCCCAGGUGUAGCCACUGCAACGCAAGCUCAGUGCUGUUGGUUAGAUCCUUGCAAACUCCUCAAGUUCCUGUCAUCAAAAGUUGAAAACAGGGCUGGGGAGAGAGUGCAGAGGUGAGGCACUUGCCUUCCAUGCCACGGCAGGAUCCGAGACACUGCAUAUGACCCCACCCCCACCCCGAGCCUCCCCAGGAGUGAUUCCUGAGCACAGAGCCAGGAGUAAACCCCGAGCAUAGCCUACCCCCCCUCCACACACACACACACCAAACAAACAAAAAGUUGAAACCAGGGAUUCAGGUUGAGGGCCUUUGGGUAAGGACAUCCCCUCAGUGCUCUGCUUCUUGUUCAUGUCACAGCCACAUGGAGCAGAGCUGCGCGUCCCCUGUGGCCAGGCCUUGUGGGAGGGUGGGGAUGUGGCAUGUGUGCGUUCACUGCAGUCGAAGGGCGAGGGGAGCAGAGCUGCACGGCCGGAGCCUUCUCCCGGGAGGCAGGGUUUGGGCUGCCCCUGACUGAGAAGGCGUCAGGAUAGGCAGAAUCAUUGAGAAGUUCCAGUUGGGAUGAAGAGAUGAUAAGGGGUAAAAGCUCAAAAGGAGUUCGAGAUAGGAGCUCGGGGGCCUUGGGCACUGGGUACCAUGCCCAGUUGCACAAAAAGUCAAAGGAAGUUGGGCGUGUGCCAGGCUUGCUCUAGGGAGAGGUGUGGUGGCCGGCUCUCUGUCGGGGGCUUUGGAGAGCCGUGUGAAAGAUGGCUGGGUCUAGGCUUCAGGGGGCCUCGACACCCCCAGGAGUCCUGUUCACCAAAUACCCGCUCCGGCCUUUGCCUCUCAUUAUCCGCAAACUGUACACAUAGCUCUCGGCAGGUUUGGACCAUAAAAUAAAAGCUUGAAUGAGUUCAGGCCAAAGCAGAGCAGUCACCAAUUGCCAGUUCUCUAAUGCAUGGGCUGAACAGAGGAACUUAAAAAAUGAUGUUGGGGGCUGGAGCCAUAGCACAGCGGGGAAGGUGUUUGCCUUGCACGUGGCCGACCCGGGUUCGAUUCCUAGCAUCCCAUAGGGUUCCCUGAGCACUGCCAGGAGUAAUUCCUGAGUGCAGAGCCAGGAGUAACCCCUGUGCAUCGCCGGGUGUGACCCAAAAAAGCAAAAAAAAAAAAAAAAAUGCUGGAUAACAGCAGCCACUGGGGCCAGUAGUAGUUCUGUCUCCCCCCAGCACUGGGAGAGCUGUGCUUGGGCCAGGACCCUCUUCUCCUUAGACUCCGCACUGGGCCUGGGUCAUUUGAGGCUUUAACAGGAAUCUGUGAAGGUGAAUUUGCCGACUUAUUGCCAGAGGAGAGGGGGGCCAGGAGAAGCCUCAGCAAUCUGACUGCAGAUCGCUUUCGGUCCAGGCGAACAUCUGUUGUGGCCUGGCGGAGUCGCUCAGAGACCAGCUCCCUGUCUAAGGGCUCCUCGAGGAGAUAGGAGCAUGUAGAGUUUUGCCCAGAGAUGCAGGGACAAGUCGUAGAAGAUCUGGAGCACUGUUCACCGCUCUGUGUUGGACGUGACUAAUCCAAUCCAGUUUUCUGGGAAAGGAAAGGCACGGAGUUGGGCCGUGCUUCUAAGGAGUUCCCAACUUGGGUUGAGCAGAGGGAGAUGCCAGCAGAUAUAUUUUGCCUUUAUUUUGAUCCAGGAGGCCUAAUACGGAUCAUCCAUUUCUGUCCGUUCCCCGAACACAUCCUGAGUCCUCCUGGAGGGCAGUCUGGGUUCUCCCCAUCUGCCACAGAUCACCCACAGAUCCAAUGGUGCCUUCACAUGUUCUCACCACACCCAGUACGAUUGUGUCGGGCCUUAUAGGCUGAGGCGAGGUCAGUCAGACCCCGAUUAUCUCAGAAUCCCCCAGGGAGUACCUCCCAGCAUCACGUGAUGCCUCCUGAGUACUGUGUUCUGCUCUUGCCGAUCUGAAAAGCGAGGGAGGGGUGGGGGUGGGCCAGCGUCCUUGUGUAAAAUGUGGCUUCUGGAGGAAUGAGAUUUCCCCGAGAGCAAAACCAUAGUCCUGCUCAGUGUAAGCUGCUCAGGCCCUUGUCAGCAGGGUCACCUCCCCACCCCCACACCCUCACCCCUGGUCCCGAGCACCCUCCCUCCUCUGUGCCACUUCUAAGCGCACGGAGCUGCUUUAGUGAGAGCCAUAGCCACAUCUGCCGUGAGCAGAGCAAGAGUAAGUGAUGACGAGGCAUCAGGGAAGACAUUGGGGGCCUCUGUCCUUAGCUUGGUCUCAGUGGCUCCUGGUGACAGGGUCAGCUCUUAGAGAACAGUUGUCACAGUCUUACCUUUCUCCCAGAGUGAACAGAGUCCAGGUCUGUCAGACCUGGGCGUUUGGGUGAGUCUCAAGUAGGUGGUUGAUCCGGGUUCUGAUCCAUGCAGAGCCCAGUCGGUGGAAAGGACCUGCCAGUCUCCAUUGGGAGCCUGACAGCAGAAUAAGAGGCAAGGGGACACCGUCUCCAGGCAAACACCUGCGCACCUCCUGAAAUAGAAGCAGGAGGCGGGGAAGCCUCUCGGCGCCCUUCCUACCUCACCACAGCCCCCACUGUGACCUCAGCUCUCGCACUGAGAACACUUCAUUUCUGCAGUGACCAGUCAGGCCGCACUCGGAAUAACAAGCCAUGGCCUGCUGAUCUUUGCCCUCUUGAUUUCUCUCUGCUUGGCAGGGCCUUGCCCUGCCCUCUAGGUGACUGAUGAUGAGUAGCAAAGAGAAAUUGAACAGUCACUUAGAAUGAGCCCAAGCCCUAGAUACAUACAGUCAGCUGGAAACAGCCUUUGAGGAAGAGCCCGUUAAGGAAAUGCUGCAUGAGGGCUUCACGGCCGGUGUUGGCCUCACAACAGAACACUGCACCACAGAGCAGUUCCGGGAAGGCCUCAGGGAUGGGGUCCCUACGUCCCCGUGCUCCCUCAGGUAAAGCACUGGCCAGUCGGGAUGUCUGUGAUGCAUCUUCCAAGUCGCUCAGGCCGGCUUCCAGUUCCUUUUCUCCACCUGUUCUUAAUCGCGCAUGGUAGGGGCUGAAAACACUCCCUAAAAUUGUCCAAAUGGUCUCCCCUCUUCUCACAAUAAAUAUUUAGAAGCAUUGGAGAGGGUACAUCUGCAGCCCCUUUGACAGUGUGGGAGUAUGAGGAGCUUUCCCUGUCCGUAUGUCUGUUCAUCCAACAUACCAAGCUCACAUCUGCCCAUGGCAUGACCCCUGCUGUGUCUUCUGCCUGGGCCACUUUCUCCGAGAGCCUGGGCAGCGACUUGCACUGACCUUGUUUGUCAUGCCAACCCAGGUCAGCCUACAGCCCUGACCGCAGCCUGCCUUUCUCUGCUGUGUGUCUUACUGGCACAUCUCAUUGUUUGAUUCUCUCAGUCCUCUGCAAAGUCUGUUCCUGCCCUCCCCUCUGGUUAUAACAACAAGGACAGACGUCUUUCUGUCUCCCAGUAAAUUAGGGUGGAAGAUAAGAAAAUUAUGACUGGAUUAAAAAAAAAAAGUCCCCAGAUUGUAACUUUGCAUCCCUGGAUUACCAAAGUUUUGAGUGAAUCUUUCAUCUAACUAAACUUGACAAUAGGCAAUUUCAUUCACCAAUUUUAGAAAAUCUCCCUCAAAGUGGAUAUCUUACACUCUAAUCUUGAAUAUUGAAAUCAGAAAGGAACCAGAAGGUUCCAACCUUUCAGGGAAAGUACACUUGACAGAUGUUGUCUUCCCCAGGAAGUGGAAAAGCUGGGAGAAGGGUUUCAGAGAUGAGAUCAUGCAUGUGUGUCGGCUCUUGGAACAUCAGGGAUUGUUGUGUAUGUUACGGCCGUGGCAUGAUCCCAAGAUGCAUGAUGAAGGGAAUGGUGGGAAAGAGAUUUGAAAAAACUAACAUUUUUCUAUAAAGGAAGGAAUGGAGAGAUGUAUGUCUGGGAUGUGUUUGUGUGUCUAUUUGUGUGCACCCAUGUCAGUAUAUCAAACAUACUUGCUUGUUUAUACUCACAGUAUCUCUGGGAAGUUACAUAGGAACCAGGCAGCCAUGCUUGCCUCUGGAAAGAGGGUUGGAAUUUAACUUUUCACUGUAUAUCUUUUGUACCUUUUGAAUUUUGUACCAUGUACAUGUAUUAUCUUAAAAAUAAAGAUUUUAAAU